UGCGGUGCGUCGGGAAACACCAGCCUGAAAGAAGAUGGGGCUCGGAAGCAGAGUUAGUCGGCUAAAUCUGGAUUAAGCUCCAGCCAACGCUUGUAGCUGAAGGAGAAAUCGGACACGACCCGUUGGCAUGAUACGUUAGGCUGCCGGGCACAGAAGGGAACAAUGGUGAAGUACUUCUUCAGCGAGCUGGACAUCAAAAGCACGUGGGACCAAGUCUUCUCUGCUUUCUGGCAGAGAUAUCCCAACCCUUUUAGCAAGCAUGUCCUCACUGAGGACGUGGUUUACCGCGAGGUGACGCAGGACGACAGGCUGCUGACCAGGCGGCUGCUGACGAAGACCAAUCGCCUCCCGCGCUGGGCGGAGAGGGUCUUUCCCUCCAACCUUGGUCGCUCCGUCUACAUCGUGGAGGACUCCAUUGUGGACCCCAAGAACUGCACCCUGACCACCUUCACCUGGAACGUCAAUCAUGCCACACUGAUGGUGGUGGAGGAGCGCUGCGUGUACAGGAUGAACUGCGAGAGGCCGGCCUGCACGCAGCUCAGACGCGAGGCCUGGAUCAGCUCGGCGGUGUUUGGUUUCUCCAGGGCCAUCCAGGAGUUCGGUCUGGCCAGAUUCAAGAGCAACCAGGUGAAAACCAUGAAGGGUCUGGAAUACGCACUGUCCAACUUGCACGGAGAGGGACCGGCGAGGAGCCGGAAGGACACCCCGAAAGACGCCGGUGAAAAAGCGAAAGAGACGGCCUUCAACGCCACAGAGAAGGCCAAGAAUCUGGCCAGUGCAGCCACUCCCCAGAAAUCGAACCAGUUCGUCUGAGAUCGGGCCGGAGCGCGUCUCUGCUCGGGAGGGACACACUGGAGCCCUUUGCACCUAUAGGGACAAAGAAGAGUGGUCAUGUGGCUGAGCUGGGGUUCCUGAGGGCCUCUCACGUAGCCUCCUGUGGGCUGUUACCAUGUACUGUCAGGUCAGAAAACUGGGCCUGGAUACUCUGCCUAGCUGUCUGCUGAAGACCAUAAUGAAUGCUCUUCAGGCCUCUUGCUCUGUGACUGUCCUGACCAAGCCCUGGGCCUGCGCUCAGGGCAGUCCAAAUUCUCUGCCCCUGUCUUACCUUUUAAUCUGUCAGCUUCAGUGCUGCCUUGAAGUCUCAGGUAAUGUACAAUUAUAUGUAGAUGUGUACAUCUGAACAUGUACAAAUGCAUAUCGAGUGUUUUUAAGAGUAUGUAUAAAUUGUGUCGUGUUUGGUUUAAAAAACCAUCUAUGAUCAUGGCCUCCAGAGCAGCAGGUUCUGGAGUGAAGAGAAUGAAAUAAGAAAAGAGAUGUCCCAGUUACGUAGUUUUUUAUGUUGACUUUGUCCAUUAGGUGUUUUUAGAGUUUGAUCAUGAAUAUGCAGUGUACCACUUUUUUUUUCCCCAGGUCUCAUUUCAUUUUUUCGUUUCGUCAUACUCUGUCACUAAGAGUUUUAUUUUUUGAAUUGUCAAACUUGUACGUGAUUCAAAGACGUAACCUACUCUAUUUAUUUCACAUGGUCCUAACCUCGUGGCAUUCCUUUCUGCUUCGUAACCUUUCUUCAGAAAGCUGGUUUCAUGUUAAGGAGGUGGUGUCCGGACCCCAGUGGACCUGCGGCAUGCCACGUUCUGGAUGGGGGGGGUGGACGAGUCAGCUUCGCUUAAUUGGCUCUGGUGUUGCUGGAGGCAGUUGGGCUGGAAGGCUGACGUGCCCUAGGGAAGGUACUGCUUGCAGGCCUGCUCGUUGCUCGCUGUUCGCGGCUUCAGCCCAGCUAGGCUGCGCGCAGCAGGGCCGUCUCUGCAGUCUCCACUGCCUCGCACCCGGGCUCUCCCCUCUUCUGCUUCACAGCUGGCACUUCUGCCCUGACCUGGGCUCUGACGCCACUUUUGUCUGGUCACGCGGCAGGUUAAAUUAUUUUCUAAAGUAUGUGUAUGUAUAUAAAUAUAUAUUUUUCAUUAAAUUAAACUAAUUGUGGCCAGGCCUGACACUGCUACACGAAUUCCUUAACGAGCUGACAACCAUUUGAGUAGAUGGGCUGGGCAGCAAACUAGCUUCAGGAAAAAUGAGGGGGGGUGGGGGAGUAUUUAAGCAGAUUUACUGUGUCGUACCUCUGUCUCAAGAUGUUUUAUACUGCAGUUAGUCUAACUCUUUUAAAAUCCGUUUUACUUAAUAAAGUGUGUCGGUACUGUUGCAGUGUU